GGUGGCCGCGGCGGAGGGGUGAGGCGAGGAUUGGGGAGGCCCCGUGGCUGCAGCGCCUCCCGGCGGCGGGGCCCCGCAGCGCGGCCGGGCCGGGCCGGGUCUGCUCGCCAUGAACAUCGACGUGGAGUUCCACAUCCGCCACAACUACCCUUGGGCCCGGCUGCCGGCCAGCGUCAAGCAGGGUCUUGGAAACUCUCAGAGGGAGUAUGAAAGGCAGGUUGUACUCUACAGCAUCCGCAAUCAGUUACGAUACCGGAAUAAUUUAGUUAAGCAUGUCAAGAAAGAUGAACGUAAAUAUUAUGAGGAUCUGUUAAAAUACAGUCGAGAUCAUCUCAUGUUGUACCCUUAUCAUUUGUCUGACAUCAUGGUAAAAGGUCUGAGAGUAACACCAUUUUGCUAUUACACAGGCAUAAUGGAGGAUAUAAUGAACAGUGAAAAAAGCUAUGAUUCCUUACCCAACUUCACCGCUGCUGACUGUCUGAGACUUCUUGGUAUAGGAAGAAACCAGUAUAUAGAUCUAAUGAACCAAUGUAGAUCUUCAAAAAAAUUUUUCAGAAGGAAAACUGCUCAUGAUCUGUUACCUGUGAAACCUGUGGAGAUCACUAUAGAAGCGUGGUGGGUCGUGCAGUCUGGCUAUAUCACCGAGGAUGACAUCAAGAUUUGUACUACAUCGGAGAAGUCUGCUAUUGAUAAGAUAAUUGAUUCAGGUCCUCAGCUUGCUGGUUCAUUAGACUUCAAUGUAGUUCACAGUUUGUAUAACAAAGGAUUUAUUUACCUUGAUGUACCAAUAUCUGAUGACAGCUGUAUAGCAGUGCCACCACUUGAAGGUUUUGUGAUGAACAGAGUGCAAGGCGAUUACUUUGAAACACUCCUGUACAAGAUAUUUGUUUCAAUAGAUGAACACACUAAUGUGGCAGAGCUUGCUAAUGUCCUAGAGAUUGACUUAUCAUUAGUAAAGAAUGCUGUGUCCAUGUAUUGUCGGUUAGGCUUUGCUCAUAAAAAAGGCCAAGUAAUAAACCUGGAUAACCUUCAUCCAUCGUGGAAGAAUGUUCCAUCGGUAAACAGGCUGAAGAGUACUUUGGACCCUCAAAAGAUGCUGCUUUCAUGGGACAGUGGGGAAAACAGAAGUCCUAUACAGGAAGCUGGAUCAUCAGCUACAGAUACAGAUACCAACAGUCAAGAUGAUCCAGCUGAAACAGCCAGUGUGAGCAGCCUGAACCUGUCUAGUGGACACACAAAGCGUAUUGCCUUCCUGUUUGAUUCUACUCUCACUGCCUUUUUAAUGAUGGGAAAUCUUUCACCAAACUUGAAAAGUCAUGCAGUCACUAUGUUUGAAGUUGGAAAACUGUCAGAUGAGAGUCUUGACAGCUUCUUGGUGGAACUGGAAAAGGUUCAGAGCACAGGUGAAGGUGAAGCACAGCGGUAUUUCGAUCAUGCGCUUACCCUGAGAAACACAAUACUGUUCCUGAGGCAUAAUAAAGACCUUGGGGCACAAACUGUACAGCCUGACCAGCCAAAUAACGGGUUUCCUUUGGACCUCUUACGAUGUGAGAGUUUGCUUGGCUUGGAUCCAGCUACCUGCAGCAGAGUUCUCAACAAAAAUUAUACCCUGCUGGUUUCCAUGGCACCACUCACCAAUGAAAUUCGACCUAUUAGCAGCUGUACACCCCAGCAUAUUGGACCUGCAAUACCAGAAGUCAGCUCAGUUUGGUUCAAGCUGUAUAUUUACCAUAUAACCGGACAAGGACCACCCUCUCUGUUGCUCUCUAAAGGGACACGUCUUCGAAAACUUCCUGAUAUUUUUCAGGGUUAUGAUCGCUUACUAAUAACAUCUUGGGGUCAUGAUCCAGGAGUAGUUCCGACUUCAAACGUGCUCACAAUGUUGAAUGAUGCUUUAACACAUUCUGCUGUUCUAAUUCAGGGACAUGGCAUGCACGGAAUUGGAGAAAUGAUGCACAUACCCUUCCCGUUUGAUGAAGCUGAGCAGCAGGGAGACUUCUCCCGUGUGAACAUGGGCAUUCAUACAGCUUUAAAAAUAUUGAGAAACAAAGUCGACCUGCAGCAUUUUUGUGGCUACGUUACGAUGUUGAAUCCCUCGAGUCGGCACGCCAACAGGAAGCUGAGUGAUGCUUCUGAUGGAAGAGGAGAGGCUGAACUAGCGUCAGGAUCAGAUGUAAAUGGGAGCACAGAAUCAUUUGAGAUGGUAAUAGAAGAAACCUCAAUGGAUUCUGCAAUCAAGCAAAGUCUUGAAGUACCCACAUCAGAACUGGAAUGGGUUCCCCUGGAAUUAUGCUUUGGCAUUCCACUCUUCAGCUCAGAGUUGAAUCAGAAAGUCUGCAGAAAAAUUGCCACUCAUGGAUUAUGUAGAAAAGAAAGCCUUCAAAAACUCUUACAUUCCAGUAGAAAGCUGUCUCUUCAGGUCCUUAAUUUUGUUCAUUCAUUCCAGGAAGGCAUUUCAACACUGGAUCAGCUCCAUGAUGCUGGUUCUUCAAGUUCCCUUUUACAGCCAGUUUCAGCAGAUCUGGGUGUUCCACUUCCUGCCAAGAAUCUCAUAUUCAAAGAAGGUGUAUUAGCUGAAUGGAAUGGAUGGUCCCCUUCCUCAGUUUUUUUCAGCCACACCUAAGGAGCAGGUCAAAUAGGGAUUCCCAUGCAUUGAUCACUAAAUGCCUUUCUUCUCUUAUGGUUUAUUCCUAGUGCCAACCACUAAGAAGUGUACUGCUGCUGCAGCAUAACCCAUGUAAAAGUAGUGUUACAAAAAUGUCUGUGUUGCAGUAUUGGGGAAGUGCUUAAACUGUCUAGAACUUGUUACUCAUUACUGCAUAUCUUGCUGCAACAGAGAGCUUUUUAGCUGUCAGCACUAUUUUUAUCUUGAGACAAUCUUUCUUUUAUAACUAAACAUACCCUUUCUAGGCUUUCUGAUGAUUGUUAAAUUUUUAUGCUGCCACCACGAAGUUGCAAUAGUAGUUUUCUAUGUUCCUUACUCAGACAUAAAUUCUGUUUAGUUUUGUACUGUAUUACUGAAAAUCUUUCUGUAUCAAGGUAAGAGAUUUGGCUCUUCCUCUGAAAGAUCAAUGAUACCAACUGUUUAAAAAUGAAAUAGUUUCAUGGUGAUAUGGGGCAUUAAGAAUAAUUGAAUUCUGUUGUUCAACUUAAUACCGGGGCCUUGGUGGAUCAAUACAAAGGAAAGAUUUGAUGCUUACGGGAAGCACAGUUAGUGCAGACUCGAAGGCCUACUGAUGACUUAAGGCCCCUUUCAACUUGAGGUGUGCACUUUCAUCUCUGGCAGAAUUUGGUGGAGGUGCUGAAUUUACUGAAGGGCUGAAGUGGUCUGCUCUGUUUUUGGGGUUCUUCACAAUAAGGGAUUCGUUGUGCUCUUUGUAUGAAACCUGGAGUAUCUGAGGUUUGAUCAUACUGCACUGGGAGUUAUUCCCUCAUUGUUAUUUGAAGCUGAUGAUGAUUGCUGUGGGAAGACUCCUGAUGUUUUAAGUUGAGUUCAAGGUAAAUAACUAGAUCUGUCCUGUUGAUUUAAUGUUUGAAAGAACAGAACUCUUGAUUUUUCACAUGACAGCCGUAGCAAAGGAAGAUAAACAGCAGAAGAUAUGUAGGUAGAAACUUUCUUGAAUCUGUUUUCUUUGAACCAUUAGCUUCUGAUUAUGGCAAAUAUGAACAGUGAGCUCUUUCAUCAAAAAUCAUGUUCUGGCUCUAUUUGUAGGGGAUUAUUUGGUGUAGCAUGAUUUCACUUUGUUUAUGUUAAACGUUAACAGCAUUUUGCCAGCUUAAAGUCUGUCCCAUUUAGCACACGAGGAGAAUGAGAGGUGUGAAGUGUUAAGACUUUGAACCCAGCUGUCUAAAGAUCUCUGCCAACUCUCUUCUUUACUGGAACUGCCUUGUUUUAAAUAGUCAUUGUUAUAAAAAUGAGACUCGAUCAUCCCGUCAAUUGCUUGCCUACAGUACCUAACAGAUGAAGAAUCUGUGGCAUAAAUGAUGCUGGACAACAGCAAGAAGAAAAAUGGCAAUACUUGGGUUUGUAUCCUGUUCUGUAUGUCUGUAAGAAAAAACAUGACAGAAUUUGAAAAGGACAAACAUACCAGAAUAGGACAAUGCAGUGGCUUCAGUUACAACUGUGAAAGUUCCAUCCUUUUUUUUUUUUUGAUUUAUAUACAUUCCUAAAGUGUAAGUGUAGGACUUGUGCUCUAAGAAAUUGGAAGUCUGUAUUACUGCAGUUUGCUCAGUGCUGCUUUCUUACAUCUGCUUUUGUUUCAUGUUUUUACCAGCAGCAGCUGAACUUAGUAAUAGGUUACAGGGUUAGAGUAUCUGUAUCAAGUUGAUCACUUACACUACAGUGACUUGUACUGGAUGUGUAUACUCUCUAUAGCAUUUUUUAAGUUGCCUUAUUUCCUUCAAAAGAAGUUAGAGGAAUUGGAUGUCAGUCUGCUGAAAGCAGAGGAAACAUUUACUGUGGGAAUGAUUAUGUGGGAAUUAAGCCAAUAUCUAGCACUGUAGAGGAUCUAAGCAUUUGGUGGUGGCUUACACAUUUGGUACUGUAGGUGUUACUUCACUGCUACACUGAGCUGUAGUAGAUGAGCUAGUUGGGUGUAUUGUAUCAAAUUCUGCCAUGCGUCAUCUAUACCAGUAUGUAAAGUGAUGAUAGUGCAAGUCAUAUGGAAGUCUGCAAAUGGAUGAAAAUUUCUUGUUCUCAUGGCAUAUUCUUUGGUGUUAUUAAGUGAAGGAUACCCUUUGUUACUAAGUUGUCUAAAUAGAAGUAGCCUGCUCUUCAGAGUUGUUUAAUACCCAUAAAUCUUACAGUUAAUGGUGAGCAUUGCAGUUUUUUAGAACCCAAGCCACUCUAAUUUAGGUGCUUCAAUACUAGUUCAGGAGCUUAAAUGUUCAAGUCUGCAUAUCUGACGUUUACUGAAUAGAUUGCAACCAAAGAAGUCUGUAAAAUACCCGAAACUCAACCACAGCUCCAGUGCUUGGGAUAGUCCAGAGGCUUUACGUGACUUUUGUUUUAGAUAUGGUGUAAAAAAUAAGAUCUCAAAGAUCUUCAUACCAAAAGAAUCUAUUUUAUAUUGUAUUGCAAAUAAAGGUGAAUUAAAUCAAUUUCUUUUCCUCAGCUAGUUUUAUUGACAGAUGGGGAAGAUCACAUGCAUUGCACACUGUAAAGCUGCUUUAGGUUUCUGUCUUCAGCAAGAUUUUUAACUUGCAGGAGAGAUGUUGGCUUUGUGAUCUGGCACAACCCGAGUAGUAUUGAAGUCUAGGUGGAUACACCUGAAGAUGUUCAGGAGCCAACUAUAAAGUGUUAUGUUUUUUUGCAGGUUUUUUGAUCAUGACUUAAUUAUUUCACAGUUGUUGUUUGCUUUUCCCUCAGUGUUUUCAGAUUUUCCUUUAUUUUCUUAUUCAGUGUUCCAGAUGGUUUGUAUUUUGAAGGUUUUUAAGUACGACUAACUGAACAGUUGUGCUCUUCUGGUGUGACAUUGUUAAUAUUAUACAUUGAAUUGUACAAAGUCUGUGUUCAAUUAAAUUAUUGGCACAUGUAACAAAUGUUUACAAAUAAACUGUGCUUUAGGUCAAA